AUGACUGGAGAUGCAGAUCAUUGCAACAAGUGCCCUGACGAUCAGCAUCCAAACAGGAAUCAGGACCAGUGUAUCUCCAAGCAUAUUGUCUAUUUAGCUUAUGAAGAAUCCUUGGGAAUAAUUCUGGCUUCAUUUGUUCUUUUCCUUUCUCUGAUAACGUUUGUGGUUAUGUGGAUCUUCAUUCAACACCAGGAGACUCCCAUCGUCAAGGCCAACAACUGGAACAUCACCUGCACCCUCCUCAUUUCCCUAUUACUUUGCUUUCUCUGCUCCUUCCUAUUCAUUGGAAAGCCUGGGAAGGUGGCCUGCCUUCUCCGUCAAACAGUGUUUGGGGUUGUCUUCUCCCUGGCUGUUUCUUGCGUGUUGGCAAAAACCAUCACUGUGGUUCUGGCCUUCAUGGCCACCAAGCCAGGAAACAGGAUGAGGAAAUGGGUGGGGAAGAGGCUGGCAGGGUCAGUCAUCUUCCUUUGCACUCUUAUUCAAACUGGCAUCUGUGCACUGUGGUUGGCAACCUCUCCUCCCUUCCCAGAGUUCGACAUGCAUUCACAGACCACCCAAAUCACUGUGCAGUGCAAUGAAGGAUCAGCCCCCAUGUUUUAUACUGUCUUGGGCUACAUGGGGCUUCUGGCCAUCAUCAGCUUCACUGUGGCUUUCUUUGCCAGGAAGCUGCCUGAUACUUUCAAUGAAGCCAAGCUCAUCACUUUCAGCAUGUUGGUUUUCUGCAGUGUUUGGCUAUCCUUUGUCCCCACCUACUUGAGCACCAAAGGAAAAUACAUGGUGGCUGUGGAGAUCUUCUCCAUUUUAGCCUCUAGUGUGGGUUUGCUGGGCUGCAUCUUCUUCCCCAAGCUCUAUAUUAUUGUACUUAGACCAGAAUUGAAUGCCAGGGAUCAACUAAUAAGGAAACAGAACUCUGCCAUCUGA